AUGUGCGGUGGCGGCGUAGCUCGCAAUAUGGCUGAAGCAUUGUGGCGAUUGCGGGGUGGAGGGGUGCGUCUCCUUACCGCCAUCGGCGACGAUUCUGAUGGAAAUUACAUUUCUGGAAUUGUACCUGGAUUAUUACUUGACGGGUGUAUAAUUGAGGGAGCGCGAACAUCAAUUUAUUCCGCAUUAUUUGACACGAAAGGAGAAUGCCUUUUAGGUUUGGGUGACAUGGAUAUCCAUAACCAUAUAACUUCUGCAUUGAUAGACAAACAUAUGGAAACAAUAAGGAAAGCGCCGCUCAUUAUAAUUGACGGUAAUAUACCACAAAGUACAAUGAACUACGUUUUACAACUAUGCCAUACCUUUCAGAAACCAGGUAAGCUACAAAUCAAAAUGUUGCAAUACAUCUAC